AUGCAGAGACCCAGCGGCCAAGGCGCUGCCUUCUCCAUCGACUCUCUGAUCGGGCACUCGCCGCCGGCGCCGCGCUCCGGGCCCUUGCUCUACACCGGCUACCCGAUGUUCAUGCCCUACCGCCCGCUGGUGCUGCCGCACGGGCCCCUGCAGACGGCGGCCGGGCUGCCCCCGCUGGCGCCGCUUGCCUCCUUCGCCGGCCGCCUCACCAACUCCUUCUGCGCCAGCCUCGGCCAAGCCGUCCCGUCCAUGGUGGCGCUGACCACCGCCCUGCCGAGCUUCGGGGAGCCCCCCGACGGCUUCUACCCAGCGCAGGAGCUGCCCGCCGCGGGGCGAGGCAACACCGAGCCGUCCUGUCGCAGGCGGAGUGCGGCUGAGAGCCUGGAGAGCGAGGAGCUGUCCCCCGGGCGGGACAAAGGACCCCCGGAGCCGCAGCUCCACUUCUCGGAGCCCUUUCCGGGCAUGGCAGAAGGAAAGACCUACAGCUCGGACGAGGAGAAGCUGGACGGGCGGACCGGCGAGGCGGCGUGCAGCAGCGGGCGGGAGGAGGACGACAGCUCGGCGGAGGCGGAGAGCGAAGAGGAGCCCUUCCUGGACGGGGCGGGCGGCGGCGGCGGCGGCGGCGGCGGCGGCCCUCUGGGGGGCAAGGCCAGGGCCAAGCGCGCCCCGUGCGAGCCCGCGGGCCCCGCCGCCGCCGCCGCCAGCGCCGCGGGCGUCGGGGGCUCGGCGGCGCCGUCCUCGGCGGCGUCAGGGCCGGGCAAGAGCCGGCGGCGGCGCACGGCCUUCACGAGCGAGCAGCUGCUGGAGCUGGAGAAGGAGUUCCACUGCAAGAAGUACCUGAGCCUGACGGAGCGCUCGCAGAUCGCGCACGCGCUCAAGCUCAGCGAGGUGCAGGUGAAGAUCUGGUUCCAGAACCGGCGCGCCAAGUGGAAGCGCAUCAAGGCCGGCAACGUCAGCGGCCGCUCGGGCGAGCCCGUCCGCAACCCCAAGAUCGUGGUGCCCAUCCCCGUGCACGUCAACCGCUUCGCAGUGCGCAGCCAGCACCAGCAGCUGGAGCAGGGCCAGCGGCCCUGA